UUUUACUUCCAAUGAAAAUUCAGAUAUUGAAGAAGAGGGUCUGCGUCUGUUGAAAACUUGAAUUUUAGCCCCGAACCCCAUUUCUCUCACACCCACUUUCUCUCUCUGCAAUUACCAUCACUGUAGAGAGAGAAAGAAAGCGCGGGACAAUGAAAACAUUUCCUUCUCCCACACAAAGGUGGUAGACCAAACCAGCCCUAGAUAGUAUCAGAUCCUCACCCUUUUCCAUUUUCCCGCCAAAAUCUACUUUUGAACCCGACCCGGAUUCUCAAUCGGUGCCAAUUUCACAACCUUUGAAACUGUUUUCAUCGAUUUCUCGAAAAAAAAAAAGAAUCUAAAAAAAAUACCUGUUUUAAAAAUUUGAAAAAAAAUGGGUCAUUGGGAGUGGGAUUAUAUGUUUAUAGGGUUUGAAUUCGAUGUCCAUGGCAGGGCGGUUGCAUUUAUACGACGGUGUUCGCGAAGAAAAUAGUGGUGAAAUAUUUGGAGGCUCGAACGACGAUUCUUUGUGCCGUUUCGAGAGGUUGUUUGCAGAGUUCUUUAGUGAGAUCUGUGCGUUUAAUUGCGUUUUGCAUUAUCCUCCAAUGCUGUCUGAUGGGCAGGACGUGGAUUUGUAUAGGUUGUUUUUGGUGGUGAGAGGGAAGGGUGGAUACGAUGCCGUUUGCAAAGGGAAGUUGUGGGAUUCGGUUGGGGAGGAGUCUGGGAUGGGAGUGAGUGUUGGGUCCUCUGUUGAGUUGGUUUACANUAGGUACUUGAGUGCUUUGGAUUCAUGGAUGAAGAAAGUUGCUGAGAGUAAGGUGUCUCCCGAAUUUGGUGUGGUGGAUGAUAGGGAUAAGUUUGGGAGGCGGUUAAUGGAGUUGCAGGCUGAGGUGGAAGGGUUGCUUUCCGGUUGUGCGGAUGAGAGGGUGGUUUUGGUUGGGGAGGAUGUCGAGGGUGGUCUUGAUGAAGAUGAUCACAACUCUGAUGGGAGGGAGUUAUCCGGUGCUAAUGGGGUGAAAAGUAACGGUGACGAAGGAGGUGAACAUAAACAAUGUGAUGAUUCGGAGAUGCCGGACAAUGACAUGGAUGAGGCGGUUCUUGGAAACUCGGAUAAGGGAAAUGAUAUAAUGGGAGGGGAGGAAGGGUUUGAUGGAGGGAAAAUGCCUGAAGAGCAGGCUGUGGAUAUAUCGGAUGGGGCUAAUAACAAUGGGACUGGAGUGGUGAGCGGAGGCAAGAAGUGUGACGACAGUGAUGAUAAGGGCUUGGUGUUGGAUGCAUCUGGUGGUAAUAGUGAUGGUGAUAGUUCUGGUCACAAGAGGAAGAGAGAGGGGUCUGUGUUGGGUUCAUCUAGUGAUGAUUGUGAUAGUCCUAGUCGUAAGAGAAUGCGAGAGUCUGCAAUGGAUAUGCUGAGCUGGGUUACUGGUGUUGCAAAGAAUCCUGGUGAUCCUGAAGUUGGUUCAAUCCCUGAAAAGUCAAAGUGGAAGUCUUAUACUAGUCAGGAGGGGUGGAAACAGGUGCUGUUGUUUCGGGAAGCUACGUUUUACAGAAGAGGUUCUGAGCAAAGCAAUGAACAACGUAAUUGGCAGAAUCAGAAGAUGCAUCCGUGCUUGUAUGAAGAACAAGUUGGGACAAACUACAAUCUCAGAGACAGGUUGAAAUGUGACAAGAAGCUUUUAUUUGGCAAAUCUGCAUCUCUGCGAAGCUCUUCUGAUUCAUCUGUGGCAACUGAGAACAGAACACCUAAUUCUCACGCUGAAGGUCAAUCUGAGUUGCUUGAUUCCCCAGAUGCAAAUGCAGGUCUUGACAAAUGUGCAACAGUACGCAUUCCUUUGGGGACAAAUCAUCAAGCCGAAAUACCAGAAUGGACUGGUGUGACUUCUGAAAGUGAUUCUAAGUGGUUAGGGACUCGAGUAUGGCCACAGGAAACAGUAAAUACCAGACUUAUUGAAAGGGAUCCUAUAGGAAAGGGGAGACAAGGUUCAUGUGGCUGCCCAGAAGAAGGUUCUGUUGAGUGUGUAAGAUUCCACAUUUCAGAGAAAAGGGCUAAAGUUAAGCUGGAAUUGGGUGAUGCAUUUUACGACUGGGACUUUGAUCGGGUUGGUGAAGAAGUUAGGCUAAUGUGGACGAAAGAAGAAGAGAAAAAAUUUGAGGAUGUGGUUCGGUCAAACCCUCCAUCACUUGAGAAAUAUUACUGGGACUAUAUUUUUAGGGCAUUUCCUGAUAAAAGCAGGGCAGAAUUAGUUAGCUACUACUUCAAUGUCUUUAUGUUGCAGCGCAGAGGAUACCAGAAUAGGCACACUCCCGAUGACAUUGAUAGUGAUGACAAUGAUGAGGAAGCUGGACCAUUAAGGAAUGUUUUUGGACCUCUGAUACAGAAUUCUGGACAUGAGAUGCAGAGUUCGCGAGGCUCCAUCUUAUUAACCCCCAAAAAGACACAUAAAAAGAGAAAAUAGCUGGUGAAUGUCUGUCAAAAUGUUGGGAGCAUUUGUCAAGGAUGCAAAAUUUUACAAAUUUGUGCAUCUUUGCCGGCAUUCAGCAUCUAAGGAUCUUUCUCUCCUAGUUUAGAAAGUAAAUCAUUGGUUGAGAAGUAAAACUUGGGAGCUUAAAUAUUGGUUUUGGGGGGUUCAAUUUAAAAGAGAUGGUGUAUUUGGUGGUGGAAGUGGUUAAAUUUUGGACAAGAUUUUGAGAUUCAUCUUCUUAUGUCUGUCCACAGAGAUGAUACAUGGCUACUGCACAUUUUUUUUUUCUUAAAAAUAGUUGGUUUUGACUACAAGAAAAGUCUUAGGGAAUAUAGGUCCAAAUUUUACUGUAGAGGGUCAUGAACAAAUACGCCAAAGUGCAAUUCAAAUUGUAGCUUCCAUUUUAUGCAACUUUAUAUUUUGAUUUGAUUCUUCUUCCUUUCCUCAAAGUGGUAUAGAAUUUGUUUUGGCUAAGA